CGCUAGCGGCUGUUAGAACGCAGAUGAUAGUGACAGUAUGGCGUCAACCAGUCGUGGAGAUACUCUGCCCAGGGUGCAGUGCCCCAGUCACCCCGAUGCCCUACUGGUGGAGGAUUACAGAGCCGGAGAUAUGAUCUGCCCUGAAUGUGGCCUCGUAGUCGGUGACCGCGUCAUCGACGUCGGCUCGGAGUGGAGAACGUUCACGAACGAGAAAGCCAACAAAGACCCGUCGCGUGUCGGCGAUGCGCAGAACCCGCUCCUGAACGGUGGCGACCUCACUACCAUGAUCGGCAAGGGAACGGGCUCGGCCAGCUUCGACGAGUUCGGUAACUCCAAGUAUCAGAACCGCAGAACGAUGAGCAGCUCGGACCGAGCCAUGCUGAACGCCUUCAAAGAGAUCAGCACCAUGGCCGACAGGAUCAACCUGCCCCGGAACAUCGUGGACCGUACAAACAACCUGUUUAAGCAAGUUUACGAGCAGAAGAGCCUGAAGGGAAGAAGUAACGACGCCAUCGCUUCAGCGUGUCUAUACAUCGCCUGCAGACAGGAGGGCGUCCCCCGAACCUUCAAAGAGAUCUGUGCCGUGUCCCGCAUCUCCAAGAAGGAGAUCGGCCGUUGCUUCAAGCUCAUCCUGAAGGCUCUGGAGACCAGCGUGGAUCUCAUCACCACCGGAGACUUCAUGUCCCGCUUCUGCUCCAACCUGGGCCUGCCCAAACACGUGCAGAUGGCCGCCACCUUCAUCGCCAGGAAGGCCGUGGAGCUGGACCUGGUGCCGGGGCGCAGUCCCAUUUCCGUGGCCGCCGCCGCCAUCUACAUGGCCUCUCAGGCCUCGGCCGAGAAGAAGACGCAGAAAGAAAUCGGAGACAUAGCGGGCGUGGCCGACGUGACCAUCCGUCAGUCCUACAGGCUCAUCUACCCCCGCGCUGCUGACCUCUUCCCUCCAGACUUCAAGUUCGAUACUCCUGUGGAUAAACUGCCUCAGCUGUGAACACACACUCACUCACUCACACACACUCUCACACACACACACACACACACCUGUUUGUACUCAGAUUUCUGUUGGGUUGUAAAGUUAGCUCUUCUCUUUCUCGGAGGUGUUUCAGGGAUUCUGCGCUCGGACAGGAGACACAUUCCAGGUUGACCAGAUCUCACACUGUACUGAUCUGCAUUUCUUUUGUGUGUAAAUAAAUACUGUACAGAACCCGCCGCUGAGAGCGCGGAGUCGCCGGCGUACCGCCGCAGCCGCCGCCGCCGCUUUCACACUGUAAACAUUUUCUUUUGUAGGAAACGACGAGUGAUUUUGUUGGCGUGUUUGCAAUGUAUGUAGUAAUUUAAACAAUAAAUGCUUUUCAGAAAAGCA